AUGGGGCAAUCGAUUGAAGCGAUGCGUCGUGAUAUAAGCACGCUUCGCACGGGACGCGCGACACCCGCACUGGUCGAAGACUUGCUGGUUGACUACUAUGGCUCGCCGACCCCGCUCAAGCAGAUCGCUUCCAUAUCGGCCCCAGACGCCCGUGCAAUCAUGGUUCAGCCUUGGGACCGGCAGGCCUUGCGUGACAUCGAGCGGGGCUUGACCCAGUCUGAAAUGGGGUUCAACCCGUCCAAUGACGGCAACGUGAUCACCGUGCCCAUACCACCUCUGACCCAGGAACGUCGCCGGGAAAUGGUGCGGUUGUUGAAGCGCAAGGCGGAAGACAGCAAGGUGGCGGUCCGCAACGUACGGCGCGAAGGCGUGGACUCCCUGCGGAAGAUGGAACGGGGAAAGUCGAUUUCGCAGGAUGAGAAUCGACGAAGCCAGGAUUCGCUGCAAAAGACCACCGACACCCAUAUCAAGGCCAUCGACGACGUUGCCGCCACGAAGGAAGCAGAGAUCAUGGAGGUAUAG